AUCUCUAACUCUACUACUACUGCUACCGUACUGGACCACUGUACCGUACUGUAUUUUGCUGACACUUUACCGUUUUUGUUUGUUUUGGUUUUCUUGAACUGCACCGUAUGUUUGCUUUAAGUUCAAAUAUUCGACCGUUUCGAUUUGUACAAUCUUCGACACCUGCCGACCGACCUACCGCACUUGGACUUGUACCACUGCCCUUCGUCGUAUAACAUUGGCAAUAAAUCGUGUUGAUUGUCGAUUGUGGAACUGAUAUUAAUACCUGCAAAACAAGUAUGGAGGCGAAAUAUGACCAACCCGGUGCAAUUGGAAGCGACAAUAACACACAGCCACUCAAACCAUGCUUAAAAGGAGAUUGGAAGAAUAUUUCCCUACUGAUGUUGAUGUAUGUACUUCAAGGAGUACCAAUGGGGUUUACAGCGACUAUACCAAUGAUUUUACAAAACCAAAAAAAUAUUGCUUAUCAAGAUCAGGCUAUAUUUAGUGCUGCAAGUUGGCCAAACAGUAUGAAAAUUCUGUGGGCACCGCUAGUCGAUUCCUUUUAUGUAACGAAAAUUGGAAGAAGGAAAUCAUGGCUUUUGCCCGCUCAGUAUUUGCUAGGUACACUUUUUCUUUAUUCAGGUGUCCAUUUUGAUAGCUGGAUAGGAAUUGAGGGUAAGCCUCAAGUGGCUAUUAUGACGUUUAUUUUUUUUUGCAUUUACUUCUUUACUGCUACCCAGAGUAUAGCUGUUGAUGGUUGGACUCUAACCAUGCUGAGGAAAGAAAAUGUAGGCUAUGGGCCUAUGUGUAAAAAAGUAGGUCUGACAAUUGGGAAAUUUUUAGGAUAUGAGUUUUCAAUUCUUUUGGGUUCCGAAAGUUUCUGUAAUAAUCAUUUGCGCAGUGUACCUGCCAAAGGAGGAAUUAUAUCCACGCAAAGUUUUUUAUAUUUUUGGGGAGUCACUUUUAUAUUGAUAACUUCACUUGUUGGCUUAAUGAAGAAAGAAAACGAAGAUCAAUCGGCAGAUUACACAGAAGACAAAUUAAAUGUAUUUAAAACUUACUCCGUGCUGUGGUAUAUUAUUAAAAUUCGCGGUAUUCGCAUAUUGAUAUUCGCUUUGAUUACUUAUAAGAUUGCUUUUGCUGCGAAUAAUGUAACAAAUUUAAAACUAAUUGAUGCCGGGGUAUCUCAAGAUAAAUUAGUUAUCGUUCAAACAGCUCUAUAUCCCUUUAGAUUGUUACUGCCUAUAAUUUUGUCCAAAUAUACAACGGGCCCGAAACCGAUGAGCACUCUGCUGAACGUACUUCCUUUUAGGUUACUUUGUGUAUAUUCAUUAGGAUUAUUGGUUUAUUAUACACCAUUAUUUGUAGAAAAAGGUAACAUUGACGCAAAAAUACCAUUUAAAUAUUUUGUUUUAUAUGGAAUACCUAUACUUUGUGACGAGACGAUAUACUUCAUGGAUGUGGCUUUACCAACGUUUUUCUCGCGAAUAAGUGAUCCACGUUUUGGAGGAACGUAUAUGACUCUCUUAUAUACUGUUAAGAAUUUGGGCGGUUCUUGGACUUCUACUGUAUCACUAAUUGCGAUUGACUGGCUUACAGUGAAAAAGUGUUCAACUAAUUCAGAUAACCACUGCUCUACGGAAUUGCUCGUAAUGGAGUGCAGUUCAAUUGGCGGAAGCUGUUCAACUACAAUUGAUGGAUACUAUUUGGAAAUAUUGAUUUGUACGAUAAUUGGAAUCAUAUGGUAUAUUUGUUUCAAUAAGCCCCUUAGAAAUUUACAAACUAAGAGUAAUGAGUAUUGGUUGGUAAACUUGAACACAUCAGUUCCAGAAAAAAACGUACAAUCACAAUCUUUGUCUGAGGUUAAUGAAGCCGUUUAAUAUGCGAACAACAAUCGUAAUUUAUAAAAAAAAAAGAUCUUUAAAAUUAGUCUACAUUAAUAGUUAUUAUGUGUUCAUUUUGCAGAAAUUAUUUUUUUAAUUUGUUUUAUGUGAGAAUGUAAAAAUGUUUUGUUAAUUAAAUUGCCAUUUGUCUAGU